CAUUUUUAAAUCGCAGUAACCCCCGCAGUAACCUUAUUGGUGUAGCCGUCGGCCUGUGUACUAAAGAGAGCAUCGCCCAGCAAAUGGAUUGUUAAUUAGGAGCAUCGGAGCGCACGCAACGUUUGUCUACGCCUUGGAGACUUCUCAAGCAUCACGCAUCUAUCAUGCUCGAGCUGAUCUUGGGCAAUGUAUCGACAACGACAACGACGACAGCAGCGACGGCGACGGCGAUGGCGGACAUGUUUGCCGGCAGUAUGUCCCACACCGGUGGAUCCCGGAUAGCGGAAAUGGCAUCGUACGCGCUCCUUCGAAAUGCCUCACAUCUCCUCGGAACCUCACAUUCCGACAUCCAGCAACAGCAGCAGCAGCACCACCACCACCACCACCACCACCAACCUGAGCUACACCUGAGCAACACAACGAACCUGGGCAACGAAUCGCUGGCGACGGCGCUGCUCCACGACUCGGCGGUACAGCUCGCAACGCUGGCCAGCGACCUCAUCGGUGGUACCACCAUCCUGUCGAUGGAGGAGUGCGCACGGCUCAACAUUACCUUCUCGCAGAACGGGAGCGCCACGUCGAUGGCCGACAUCAGCUGCUACGAUCACGCCCCGACCCUCUCCAAGUCGGGCAUCAUCCGGGUGAUUGUGCUGUCGGCGAUGGCCAUCGUGUCACUGCUCGGCAAUGUCGCCACCAUGUGGAACAUUCAGAAGAACCGGAAAUCGCGGCGCGUUACACGCCACAACUGGAGCGCCAUCUAUUCGCUCAUCUUUCAUCUUUCCAUCGCGGACGUGCUGGUGACGUGGUUCUGCAUUAUCGGUGAGGCCGCCUGGAACUACACCGUCCACUGGGUUGCCGGGAACAUCUUCUGCAAGCUGUUCAAGGUCGGCCAGAUGUUCAGCCUCUACCUAUCGACGUACGUGCUGGUGCUGGUGGGCGUGGAUCGCUGGGUGGCGGUCAAGUAUCCGAUGAAGUCCCUCAACACGGCCCGCCGCUGCCAUCGAUUCCUUUUCGUGGCGUAUCUGCUCUCCUUUCUGCUCAGCACACCGCAGUGGAUGAUAUUCCGGGUAGCGAAAGGACCGUUCCUCGAGGACUUUUACCAGUGUGUGACGCACGGGUUCUACACCUCCCGCUGGCAGGAGCAGCUCUACACCACCUUCACGCUAGUGUUCAUGUUCAUCAUUCCGCUGCUGAUCCUGAUUGGCACCUAUUUAUCAACGUUUAUGACGAUUUCAAGCAGCGAGAAAAUCUUCCGAAUCGACACGUCAGCCGUGGACAGGACGACGUACUACCGGCGCUCGGACACGAACCGGCAGCGGCUGAUACACAAGGCGAAAAUGAAGUCUCUCCGCAUCUCGGUCGUUAUCGUGGUGGCGUUUAUCGUGUGCUGGACACCGUACUACAUCAUGAUGCUGAUAUUCAUGUUCCUUAACCCAACCGGGCAUUUUGCCGAGGAUCUGCAGUCGGGCAUUUUCUUCUUCGGUAUGUCAAACAGUCUGAUCAAUCCGCUGAUCUACGGUGCGUUCCACCUGGUCCCGAUACGGCAGCGGCGCAAUCAGUACAACCAACAUGUAAGGGAAGGCUCUGUGUACUUUCAACGGUCGUCCACCUUCAACCACCACAAUGGCCACCAGCGGAAUCUCAAUCCGCACAUCAAAUUUUCCAACUCGCACUCCAACCUGCCGGAGGAAAUCUCGCUGAUGUCGCUGGAGAAGGAUCUGCGCAGCCUGGACGAGAACGUUAACCAGAUCCACCAGAAGGGUGGCGGCGGUGGUGCCGGCAAUGGGACAAUUCAGCGGCGCAGCUUCACCACCAAGUUUCUCUCCUUCUCGCGCCUCUUCAAUCGCAACCAUCCAACUAAGCUUUAAAGCGACGCCAGCGAGCGAGGACAGGACAAAGUUGUGCCGGGUUAAUACCGAGAUAAGGAUUGGCGCUAGGGAUUUGGGACGAAAAAAAAAGAAGGAAAAUGAUACUAUCACUCGCGACACUGCGACGUCUGUGUUCGUUGGGAAACGGCUCAGCCAAGAGAUACGCUGUUCGCAGCUCAGUCCAGUUUCAGUACGAGUGACUGUUAACAUUAGUUCACGGCCGAAGGCAGCUAAACUGUAACCUGCUGUUAUAUAUGUAUGUUUACCAGAGGAAAAAAACUGUACAUAAGUUGAUAGUGCUUAAGCGAAUGGUCAGGUCCCCAGGAGGUGUGGAUCUCUAUGUUAAGGGAAACUGCGAUGUUACAGUUUCGCCACGAUACACGCCCUCGGCGGUCUAGUGUAUAUAUUGUGCCGACAGUGAGAUAGUAAUGUUGUUCAAAAUGUUACCGAAUAUCACGAAUUGUGCGUUGUGAGUGAGAAGUCAGGUGGAAGAAGUAUGUACAAAUGCAGGCAGGGCAGGGAGAGGGCAUAAUUUAUAUUACCAUCAUCAUCGUUAUCGUGAUCGUGAUGCUUAUCUGUAAGAGAUGUUGUCGUAUCAGUUUCAGCAGGGCGCUAGUGAACGUAUGUUGAAGGUCUAAUUGGAUGUUAAAUCCGCGAGUG